AUGGCGGGUGCGGUUGAAACAGGUCGUGAUGAGGACUGCAUUGAGUACUACCUGUUUUUUAAAGAAUUCAUGAAUGCGGAAGUAAAUCCAGAAGUCGAAGAUGCUCUUCAAAGCAAGUGUUGUGACGUGCAAGCCCUAAUCGCUCCUCACGUUCAUCAAUACAUUUGGCACCACGAUGCGUUCAAUGUUGUGACAAAGAGUUCGACAGAAGAUACAAAAGAUGGACAGUUCCCCCCGCAUCUGUACGGAAGGACACAUUUCGGGGAUAACAUAGAAGACGAGUGGUUCAUUGUAUUCCUAUUGCUUGAGCUAACAAAGCAAAUCGAAAGUCUUGUUAUCAGGGUGGUAGAUAUAGAUGGGGAAUUUCUUUUGAUUGAAGCUGCUGAUUUUUUACCUCGAUGGGCGGUUCCUGAAAGGUGCGACCGCAGGGUGUAUCUGUAUAGGGGCGAAGUUCAUCUCAUCCCAUUUGAAGAGUCGGAGACAGAACCACAGACCCCCUCUGUACCAGAAGCUGUAAGUCUUGUACUAUCGAGUCCCACUAGUACCAGAGCAGAUGCAGGUAUUCAGCAAGCAAUUCAAUCCAGAGUCAAGGGGUACCCAGCAAAAAUUGAAGAUUUGCUCCAUCAGACACAUGCAUAUGUACCGGUAGGUGUAGCUGCAUUGCUCAAUGCCAAACCGAACCUUGUUGCCCCAGCUGUCAUGGCAUUUUGUAAUCGUGAACCUUUGGAUGCCAAAGUAUGUCGUGCUAUGAGGUUUUUCCCUCCAGAAAACAGAGUGAUGCGAAAUGUUUUAUUCACAAAAUGCUUGUAUGCCAUGAUAUUGCAUCAUUCAUAUAACCCUGACAAACGAUCUGGUUGGAAUCUUCCUGCACAAAGUAAUCCAGAUUACAAAUCCCAUAGUCUAGGAAUGAAACUUGCUUGCGGAUUUGAAAUCUUAGUAGCAAAGCAAGGGAAAGGAAUGCGGUCUACUCCUGAUGAAGAAGAAGUUGAUUUAUCAGGAAAUCCUCGUUGGCUGCAUUAUUUGCAAAGUUUGAAGAAAUACGGCUAUUUCCAAGAUUUGUUGGAAGGUUCUAGAGACUAUAAUGUCUUACUAGAAAAAGCAAAGCGAUAUUUCACUAGUCAUUAUGCUUCAGAUGUUGAACUGUCAUAUUCAACAGAAAUUCUUCAUCUCUUGCAGAGUACAGAAUACAGCAUGGAGGAUUUUAAAAAGGAAGAGAGUAAUCUAGCACCUCCAAGUGAUGAAUUAUGGCUAGAAUUGAAUCCAGAGGAAUUGGACAAAAUGUUGGAAGAACGCUAUGGAUCAAAAAGGAUUUCACUUGGUGAUAAUGCUUCUUCAAAUAUCACUGGUCAUCUUUCAAAGUUCUUGAGUCAUGUUUCUGAACUGGAAGGUGCUGAACAUCCUACCCCACCACCGAGGAAGGCGAAACGAAAUGCUGAAAAAUCAAAAGCCAUGGAAGUAAGUGAAGAAUCUCAAGACACAGGAAAUAAAAUUAAUUUUGAUCCAGAGUCCUUCUCCUGUGCUGUACAGAACAUUCUUGAUUUUGUUGUUCCGGAGGACAAUUGGGAUUUGGAAUCUGAUGCAUCUAGCAUGAGUUCUUAUGAGCAUGAAUUGGACAUGGAUUUAGAUCAACUGAAACGUGGCAAGCGUAAAAUGAAAACUUCAGAGUCUGAGUUGAAGCAGUACAUGGACCAGAUGGACAGAGAGCUUGCCUCAACAACUAUUGGCCAGAGCUUUGAAAAGUCUGAAAAAGAGGACAAAAUGAAAGGCGAAACAGAUGACAGCUUUGAUGAUGCUGAAAAUUUCAAGCCUGUGAACAUUGAUAUGAAUGCAAUGAAAAACAUUCUAGCUUCUUAUAAGGCACAAAUGGGUGGGGCUGGCCCCUCCACCAACUUACUGGGACCCAUGGGCGUCAGACUAGAAGAAGAGCAGUUGAUCAACCAGGCUGAAUUUGGUGAAACACAGUGA